AUGCCAACAAUGAUGUCGAAUGCAGUAUCCGACAUUGCUGCGUAUUCUGGACGAGAGGAAGAGCUCUUGGAGGUCGAAGGGACUUGCCUCGAUUCCGACUCUGACGACAACACCCGCAGCUCAAGCCGCAACAAGACAAAGCACAAGUCAAAGACAAAGAUGGGCUGGGAAAAAUACGAAGCUACUAUUCCAAAGGAUCAGAUUCACGAACAUUUGAUACAGCUAGCGUGUCCUCUCACAGGAACCUGGAAAGACGAGGGAGCGGUUUGGAAGUUGCUCAAGGUCUAUGACAUGCAGCUUCAUCCUGGAAUCAAAGCCACUCUUUGUGUUCAAGCGCAAGAGGCCGUCGAUUCUUCCGAAACAAUGAUGACAAUUAUCGUUUUAUGGUCGCUGCGCAACUUUGCCUACCACUAUGAGGCAGAGUGGGCGCUGAUGGCGAAGAAGAGCGAAGAGUAUCUUCGCAAAAACUCAGAGAUAAAGGCCCUACACAAGCAUAUAAAAACUCGCCUGCGCCAAGUUAUCAACAGGGAUUUCUCCCUGUUCAGGGACGACGAAGAAGAAUAA